GCGGCGGCCCCGCCACUGCUGCGCUGCGGGCUGCAGACUCGGCCGCACCAUGAGGCCGCUCGUGCUGCUCUGGGCUCUGCUGCUGCUCACCACAGCCCCCGGCCCAGGUCCCCGGCCUGCAGCAGGUGCCAAGGGGAGCUGCUCCCACCGCUGUGGAGACCGGGAUGGGUCGUGCUCCUGCCACCCCACCUGCUCUGGCCUGGGCACCUGCUGCUCGGACUUCCGGGACUUCUGCCUGGAAGUCUCGCCCUACUCGGGCUCCAUGAUGGGUGGCAAGGACUUCCAAGUACAGCACCUCACCUGGUUCAUCCCCACUGACGGCGUGAUCUGCAGGUUUAAGGAGAGCAUCCAGACCCUCGGGUACGUGGACUCCUCUGGACACGUGCACUGCGUGUCACCCCUGCUGUAUGAGACAGGCCACAUCCCCUUCACGCUCUCGAUGGACAACGGUCGCUCCUUUCCGCGCUCGGGGACCUGGCUGGCUGUGCACCCCAGCAAAGUGUCAGAGACGGAGAAGAGCCAGCUGGAGAACGAGACCCUCUGGCAAUACUACGGCACCACCAGCACCACGGACAACCUCACCGUGACCUGGGAGCCCUCGGCUCUGCCCACGCGGUCUGUCACCAUCGAGCUCUGGGGCUACGAGGAGACAGGGAAGCCAUAUUCAGGGGAAUGGACAGCAAAGUGGUCAUACCUGUACUCCCUGGCCACAAACAUCCCCAACUCUGGCUUCUUCACCUUCACUCCCAAACCUGCCCCUCCAAACUUCCAGCGAUGGGAAGUGGGUGCGCUUCGGAUCAUCAGCAGCAGAUACUAUGCAGGGGAGAAGGACGUGCAGGCACUCUGGAGCAAUGAGCACGCGCUGGCCUGGCACCUGGGCGAGGACUUCCGGGCAGACCCCAAGGCCUGGGCCCGAGCCCAGUGCCUGGCCUGGGAGCAGCUGGAAGACCAACUGCCCAACUUCCUGGAGGAACUGCCUGACUGCCCCUGCACCCUGGCCCAGGCCCGCGCUGACUCUGGCCGCUUCCACACGGACUACGGCUGUGACAUUGAGCGUGGCAGCGUGUGCACCUACCACCCCGGGGCCGUGCACUGUGUGCGCUCUGUGCAAGCCAGCCCCCGGUUCGCCUCCGGCCAGCAGUGCUGCUACACGGAGGCCGGCAGCCUGCUCCUGACGGCCGACUCCACCGGCGGCAGCACCCCGGACCGCGGCCACGACUGGGGUGCGCCCCCCUUCCGCACACCACCCCGCGUGCCCGGCCUGUCCCACUGGCUCUAUGACGUCGUCAGCUUCUACCACUGUUGCCUCUGGGCACCCGAGUGCUCCCGAUACAUGCGGCGGCGGCCCUCCAGCGACUGUCGCAGCUACCGGCCGUCGCGCCUCGCCUCCGCAUUCGGGGACCCGCACUUCAUCACCUUCGACGGUGCCAGCUUCUCGUUCAACGGGCACGGCGAGUACGUGCUGCUGGAGGCCGCGCUGACCAAUCUGAGGGUGCAGGGGCGGGCGCAGCCCAGGACGACGCCGGAGGGCCCACAGGACCAAGGCACGGGGCUCACGGCCGUGGCCGUCCAGGAGGGCAACUCCGACGUGGUGGAGGUCCGGCUGGCCGGCGGGGCAGGGGUCCUGCAGGUGCUGCUGAACCAGGAGGUGCUCAGCUUCACGGAGCAGAGCUGGAUGGACCUGAAGGGUAUGUUCCUGUCUGUUGCUGCCGGGGACAGCGUAUCCAUCAUGCUGUCAUCGGGGGCUGGCCUGGAGGUCAGCGUCCAGGGUCCCUUCCUGAGUGUGACUGUCCUCCUGCCUGAGAAGUUCCUCACCCACACGCAAGGCCUUCUUGGGACACUGAAUGAUGACCCCACGGACGACUUCGUGCUGCGCAAUGGGAAUGUCUUGCCCCCCAAGGCCAGCUCCCGAGAGCUGUUCCGCUUCGGGGCCGACUGGGCCGUGGAGAACACCUCGUCCCUGCUCACCUACGACUCCUGGUUCCUGGUCAACAACUUCCUGUACCAGCCCAAGCAUGACUACACCUUUCAGCCCCUGUUCCCCGAGGAGACCACCCCCAACCCCAGCCAGGCUGCCGAGGCGGCUAAGUUGUGUGGAGACAACUAUUUCUGCAUAUUCGACGUGAUGGCCACUGGGAGCCUGAGUGUGGGCAAUGCCACGCGGAUGGCCCACCACUGGCACCAGCAUCGUGCGCAGAGCCUGCAGCCUGUGACGUCCUGCGGCUGGCUGGCCCCGCCCCCCAAUGGGCGCAAGGAGGGUACCAGAUACCUGUCAGGCUCCACUGUCUACUUUCACUGCGACAGCGGCUACAGCCUGGUUGGGGCAGAGGUCAGCACCUGCCAGGCUGAUGGCAUCUGGUCCAGGCCCACCCCAUUGUGCCAGCCAGCUCGGAGCUACACGGUGCUGCUGAGCAUCAUCUUUGGAGGCCUGGCGGUGGUGGCUGUGGUCGCGCUUGUCUAUGUGCUGCUGCGCCAUAGGAAGGGCAACAUGGCCAUCUGGGGUUCACAGCCCUGAAGGGAGUGCAUCUGGCCGGCAGCAAGAGGCAUGGAUGGCCACCCCAGAGCCAAGACCAACCUCCCAGGAGAAUACCUCUGAGAGCGUGCACCCCAGUACUUCAAUCCCCAAGUCACUAGCACUGUUUCUUGGGACCUGGACACCUGAUACCUGAGCCUUCGAUGCCCACACACCCUAGACCUGGUGCCUUGCUCUGUCUCCUCAGACCUGGACACCUGGCUCUAACCGUGCAGGCCCCGAGAGGCCCCUGGUGCUCUAGUCCCCAAAUAUUCUCGGCUCUAAUUCCGCAGACUGCAUACCCUUGAGUUCUAAUGCCUGUCUCCAGAGACCCAACACUCUGGCACCUGAAACUCAAAUGCUAGUACCUCAGAUCCCGUGUCUGAUGCCUGUGACCCUGAUCCCUGAUCUACUGAUCCCUGGUGCCCCGACACGGGAGCCCUAGCACCCAGCUGCCUUGAUUGCUGGACUUGGGCCAGCCUGAGGGGGAGAGGCCUCAGGACCCCAGAGUGGAGAGUCACUCUGAGCUCCAGGCUUGUAAUUCUAACCCUUCUGGAAUGUCACUUCUAACUCUUCUGGAAUGUCACUUGAAACACCCCUCCCUGUCUACUCGGAGAAAACAAGCCCAUGGUAUCCCC